UAUCAAUUCCAAACAAAUUUAAAAUUUAUAGAAUUAAAUACGAGCGUUAAAAUAAACAAAAUAUAUUUCUAAAACUAAAAAAACAAUAUGCCAAAUGAAUUCGAAAUAACCCUACAAGAUUUAGCCAAAAUUGCUCUUGGAGCCCCUCAGCUAACCAACGUCAACAUUGCUAUACUCCAUAGUUUAAUUGAAAUUUUACUUAAAAAGCUAAAUUGCCAAAACGAAACGGUAUCCUUAAAUGCCUACGACUCCAAGCAUUUGGACGACAUUUUGAAAACAGCCAAAAUAUCACCACUACCCUUUAAUGAUGAAAAUGUCGAAAUAAUCUCACAAAAACUGGAGCGCUUAGAUAGACUACAAAAAUGUGUAGAAAACUUGGAUGGAAAAUUGAAUAGACAUUUGGAGGAGUUGCAAAGGAAAAGUAAUUUCAAUGAAACUGUCUUUAGCUGGGAGAAUUGGUCCAGUUACGGUUGUGAGGAUUUGUGUACCACCUGUGAUCCGGAACAUGAAAUGGCCUGUAAGCUUUUGAAAAAUACCGAUUUUCUUAAGAAACUACUAAGACGCAUAUCAUCACCCAUGGUGGAUCGCAUGUUCUAUUUUGAGGAAAAAAUCGAAAAACUAAAUGAGGAAUUCACCAGUUUUAUACAACGGGCCGAGGAGGAAUAUUUAAAGAUCAAUUUGUUGGAAAAAUUAAUAGUGGAGAUAGAAAUUUUGCGAAAAAGGAUGCAGCAAAAUCAAACUCAGUUUCUUAGUACCAUGGAAGAAAUUCAAGAUAUGCUUGACUCAAAAUUAGAUAAGAUUCAUAUGCCUGCCUUAAAGAAAUAUAUACGUGAUAAUUUUCAACGCAUCGAUGAGUGUAUUAAUACGCUGCAAGAUAAAAGACAAUGCCCCAAGGCGGCUGGCAUUAUAAUGGAGGGAUUACGUUGUGUGUCUUGUGGCGAUACUAAAGUUUGCAGUGAAGUUGGUGUUCAACCCUCCUCCAUGUUGCCUGAUAUGAGAGUAAAGUCUCAGAAAGUAGCAAAAUAUUGUGACUGCUGGCGUGAUACUGAGGAAAAUUGGAAUAAAAAGUGUAUUAAAUCUUUGAAUAUCGGCGAUAAUGUGAAGCUAAAAGCAGAGAAAUCUUUUAAAGCUUUAGAUGACAAGGAAGAGACAUAUCCAAAAUGCCGCAAAGCUGGUGAAGAUUUUGAUUUGUUGGAAGGUUUUGAUGGCAAGUUAUAUCGUAAAGGUUGAUUAUGUUAUGUGAUGUUU